AUGGUUGUUGCUGAAGCUGCCGAGGUCGCUGGGAUCGCGCGCCUUGCGAGGCGAACAGACCUCACAUCUAGGUUGACCCUGCCUCGAGAAGGACAGGGGAAUGGAUUAGGUCAAGAUAGCGAAGGUGAUGAAGAAGAUGAAGACGAAGACGAAGAUGAGGAAGAGGACGAAGACGAGGAUGUCGACGACGAUGACGACGACGACGACGAGGAUGACGAUGAUGACGAAGAAGGGGAAGAAGAAUCUCAAACGGACGACGAAGAUAAAUCAAAGAAGUGGCGGCGCUGA